AAAACAGAACCUUGAAUGAACACAUAGGCAAAACGCAAUAGGUUGGAUUCGGACUCAGUCGACGUAUCUGUAAUACUAAACAUUAAAUCUAGCAAUGGGGAGCAUUGAUUUUAGGGAAAGACGUUUAUUUUCCUUGUUCUCAUCAACUUUCGUUGUUUUCAUGUUGCUUUUGUUGCAGUUCCAUCAGAUUUUUAUUAUAAAAGGAGAAGUUUUCUCUGCGUUUAACGAAUGGGAAACGCUAAUUCGGAUGGAAAACAAUUUUGUAGAACUUUUGGAGGAUUUCAUAACGACGAAUGGCGAGAAGCUGCCGAGAAUGGAUGAUUUGAAGCAUUUCCUCAAUGAAGUGAAGCCUCGUGUAAUGGAAGCAGUGGAAUCUCCGGAGAAAUUCAUAUCUCAUCCUGUCAAUGGAUUUUUGCUGAUCAAGCGCUUUACAUCUGAUUGGUUGGAGAUUGAGCUUAUUCUGAGAAAUUACUCCAGCAAAGCAGAGUUGGUUAAAAGCAUCGAUCUACACAGACCUUUAUUUCCUCAACACCAAGACUUGAUCGGUGCAGUCGAAGCCUUUUUCAGGUUGCAGGAAGUCUAUUUGAUAACUGCACGGCAAAUCACAGAUGGCGAACUGUCCGUGAACUAUCCACACGUUAUCAUGAACACGGAAGAUUGUUUCCAAGUGGGACUGGUGGCAUAUCAAUCUAAGAAUUAUGCUCGCACGAAGGAAUGGAUUAGUGAGGCAUUGAGGAAAUAUCAGCCGGGCAUAUACAGUAGUUAUUUGACAAUAAAUUUGCUAAAGGAGUUCAUUGCUUGGGGCGAGUAUGAGACGGGCAAUGUUUCAGGGGCCUUGAAACUAACAAAUGAAAUACUAGAAACAGAGCCAAAUCAUGAGAAUGCAAAGAAAAACAUAGCUUUUUUUGAGCUUGCAAUAAAGAAUAAAAAUGUUCCAGUUGCAAAAAAGAAAGCAAAAGCACCAUAUAUGGAAAUCUACAGUAGUUUGUGUCGUGGAAAUCACAACAAGUCGACGGAAGAGCUUUCACAGUUAAAGUGUUACUAUGACCAGAGCAGGCCACAGCUUGUUAUAAAACCAGCAAAAGUCGAAGUUUUGAAUAUGAAACCGAGAAUUGUGAAGUUUUUCAACGUCAUCACAGACGAAGAGAUAAAGGUCAUAAAAGCACUCGUUGCAACAAGAUUGCGUCGAGCCACGAUCAAUAAUUUUGUCACAGGCGAGCUGGAGCAUGCAAAAUAUAGAGUAAGCAAAACCGGAUGGUUGGAAGAUCACGAAAGUGACGUAGUUGAUCGUAUAAGCAAAAGAAUUUCUACUUUCACCGGUUUGGACACCAACUUUAGUGCUGCCGAGGAGAUGCAGGUUGCAAACUAUGGUAUUGGAGGACAUUAUGAACCUCAUUGGGAUCAUGCUGUUAAUCCAUGGGCAUCCGUUCUAAAAAUAAACAAAGGCAAUCGAAUUGCAACUUUCCUCAUUUACAUGAGUGAUGUUGAGUCCGGUGGCUCCACUGUUUUUAUAAAGGCAAAUGCAAUCAUUAAACCAAGCAAGGGUGAUGCUGUAUUCUGGUACAACCUGCGAAGAUCGGGUGCAGGCGAUUCUACAACACGACAUGCAGCUUGUCCAGUUAUCGUCGGAACAAAAUGGGUUUCAAACAAAUGGAUCCAUUCAUUUGGUCAAGAGUUUCGUCGACCAUGUGGUCUGACAAACGAUGACACUGAGAGAUGGGAAACAACGGUUUUUUAGUAAACGGAAGGAAAUUUGGCACAUCAUGGUUGUACAUGGAUUUCGAAGAACGCAAAACUUUUUUACUUUUCGUGCACGAAAGACUUUUGUCUUGCAUCAAGUGCACAUAAUUUGCUACAAAUGGCCACAAUGCUACAAUUUGCUGGACGAAUGGCCUUAAACUUGACAACUGGCUACGGAAAAAUGAUAAAAAGAAUCAUUAAAGAGUUGAUUACUGCA